AUGUUGUUGCUGAUUGUUGGAGUGUCUCUGGUGGUGAUGGUGAUGGUGAUGGAGGUGGAAUUGGUGUCGGUAGUGGUGGUGUUGAUGGAGAUAAAGGUGGUGAUGGUGGGGAUUGUUAUUGUGAUGGUGGUGGUGGACAUGGAAGUUUUUGGGGUGAAGGUGGUUGUGAUGGUGGUGAUGGUGAUUGGAAUGGUGGUGGCGAUGCUGGCGGUGUGGGCGAUGACGACAAUGAUGGUGAUUGAAAUGAUGGUUGUUAUGGUGGUGUUGGUGGUUAUUGUGAUGGAGAUGGUGGUAUUGACGGUGAUGGUGAUGGAAAUGGUUGUGAUGGCAGUGUUGUUGGGGAUGGUGGUGGGGAUGGUAAUGAAAGUGAUGGAUGUGCUGAUGGUGUUGUAUGUGAUUGUGGUUGAUGGAGGUUAUGGUGGUGGUGAUAGUGGUGGUGAUGAUGGUGAUAGUGAUAGUUGUGGUGAUGGUGGUGGUGAUAGUGAUGAUGGUGGUGAUGAUAAUGGCGGUUUUGUUGGUGGUGAUGGUAUUGGUGACGUAGAUGGUGGUUAUGGUGGUUGUGACGACUAUGGUCGUUUUGAUGGUAGCGGUGGUGGUGAUAGUGGUCGUGAUGGUGGCUGCGGAGGUGGUGAUAAUGAUGGAGGUAAUGGUGGUAAUGGUGUCAGUGAUAUUGGUGGUGAUGGUGGUGGCCAUGCAGAUUGUUGUGAUUGA